AUGUCUCCUCCUCCGAUCAAACUCGCCGGCAAAAACUCGCCGGCGAAUCACCAAACCCUCACCACCACCGCCGCACAGGACGCGCAUCUUCUCGUCCGCGAAACCCUGCGUAUUAGCGCCACCCUCGCCUCCGCUCCUCUCGAGAGCCGCAGCAACCUUCAGCUCGGCCAUGACCGCCUCGACGAUGACUUCGUCGGCUCCAGCUUCAGAUUGAUUUGCUGCGAAGAGAUCGACGGCCGCAGAUGGAACUACGUCGCCGAACCUGAUUCCGUCACCGGAACCUUCAAGAAGGGCUCCUUCCGUGCCCUCGGCUUGCACAGUCGUCAACCUCCUCUCGAUGUAUUUAAGUCAUUUGUGACAUCAUAUGUUGUUCCCGAAGGAUUUCCAGAUAGUGUGAUCCCUUCCUAUGUGCCGUAUAUGACAUGGAGAGCGCUCAAGCACUUCUUCGGCGGGGCAAUGGGUGUUUUCACAACACAAACCCUCCUGAGUUCAGUUGGAAUCGCUAGAAACACAGCUGCUCCUGGGGCUGUUGCUAUCAACUGGAUUCUCAAGGAUGGUGCUGGUCGUGUUGGAAAAAUGCUUUUUGCUCGACAAGGAAAGAAGUUUGAUUAUGAUCUUAAACAGUUAAGGUUUGCGGGUGAUCUUCUUAUGGAAUUGGGUGCUGGGGUUGAGUUGGCGACUGCAGCUGUGCCCCACCUUUUCCUUCCUUUGGCUUGUGCGGCUAAUGUGGCAAAGAAUGUUGCUGCUGUAACAUCAACAUCAACUCGUACACCAAUUUACAAAGCGUUUGCUAGAGGAGAAAAUAUUGGGGAUGUGACUGCUAAGGGAGAAUGUGUGGGCAAUAUUGCAGAUCUGCUGGGAACUGGAAUGAGCAUAUUGAUCUCAAAAAGCAAUCCAUCAUUGGUGACCACAUUUGCUCUCCUUUCAUGUGGAUAUGUUCUCAGCUCUUACAAAGAGGUUAAAUCUGUAGUGUUGCACACCUUGAACCGGGCAAGAUUCAGCAUGGCUGUAGAUGCCUUUCUUAAAACAGGUAGAGUUCCCUCAUUGCAGGAGGGAAACAUGAAUGAGAAUGUAUUCAGUUUUCCAUGGGUGAAAGAUGGGCCUGUUGUUCUUGGGCCAAGAUUUAAAGAUGCUUUCCAAGAACCAAGUGUAUAUCUUGCCUUAGAGCCCUUCUUUGAGAAAGAAAGAUAUGUUGUUACAUACAAUCCUUCAAAAGGUAAAGUAUAUGCGUUGCUGAAGGAUAAAGCGAAAUCGGACGACAUUCUAAAAGCGGCUUUUCAUGCUCAGGUGCUUUUGCAUUUCAUGCGUUUAUCCUAUGACUCUCAGCCCCUAUCACAGCAACAAAUAAAAGAUGGAUAUUCAAACUUCGUCCCUACAGCAAAAGAUCUGGAGGCAUAUAUUGUUGAGUCAUGUAAAAUGGUCUCACAUUCAUAUGGGAUUUUUAAGAGUAAAGCAGCAGAGCAGGGGUGGAUGAUGUCAGAAGCACAUCUUAAUCCUGGGCGAGCUCGUCUUAUUAAGUGAUCAAUUUUGCGGAACUCAAUUUCCCUGUUAAUUAGCUUUCACAUGCCCAAGUAUGAACAGCUUUGACACUUGAUACAGUUAGACCAACAGAAACUUGAAACUAGAAAAGAGAGAGAGGGCUUCGCCUGAUAUUACUGGGGGUUACCAAAACCAGUUAACUUAUUCAUCUUGCCUGACGGAUGCCCAAAUGUUUUCUGCUCUCAGACUCAAUGGCUGGCAUCCUUGGUGAAGUUUUAUGUGAUAGAAAUGAGUCUUGGUAUAUAAUGUAUUAUGGUGACUGAACACACCUUUUUUCUUUUUCUUUUUUCUUCUAUAGGGCUUUUGUUUUUGUUUUUUUUUUGUUUUUGUUUUUUUCUUUCUAAUUUCUGUCUCGCAUGCUCUGUAGUACUCUGCAGAAUCCCUGUAGAUUUUAGUUAUACUAUAAUUUUGUAUCAGUCAGUAUGGAGGUCUACCUUGUAAUUUUUUU